AUGAAAUCUUUGUGUGUCUUGUUUGUAGCCAUCGGGCUAGCUUCAGCCUUCAAAAUCGGUCUUCAUCCUCUUUCAGAUGAGUACAUAGCAGAAAUUAACAGCAAACAGUCCACAUGGAAAGCCGGAAGGAACUCCGAAAUGGAUGUAUACCCCUACGUAAAAGUCCUGGCGUCAGGUGCCAAAAAACCCAAUGGACAAGUCAAAAAAGUAGUCCAUGACGAAAAUGAAGACAUUCCAGAAUCCUUCGAUGCUCGUGAAGCUUGGCCUAAGUGUACCGAUAUUAUUGGUAUGAUCGGGGAUCAGUCUACAUGUGGAUCAGCCUGGGCCAUUGCUGCUGCAGCAUCCAUGUCGGAUAGAAUUUGCAUCCACUCAAACGGUGAGAAAAGAAUUAUAGUUUCUGCUCAAGAUUUGCUGACUUGUGGUAUAACUGGAGGUUGCAAUGGUGGUGUUCCUGAUGACGCCUUUGAAACUUGGCACGAGCUAGGAAUAGUCUCUGGAGGACUUUACAACCGAACCGAUCAAGGUUGUAAAUCAUACUUUUUGCCAAAUUGUGAUGAUCAUCCAACCAAAUGCACCGACUACGUUCAUACUCCAGACUGCGUAGAACAGUGCGACAAUGCUACUUUGAUUUACAAUGACCAAAAAACGUACGGAUUAGAAAACUAUCAAGUGCGUGGAGAAAAACAAAUGCAACUCGAAAUUAUGAAAAACGGACCUGUUGAAGCAACUUUGGAUGUUUACGAGGACUUCCUUGCUUAUAAAAGUGGUAUCUACCAAAAAACCAGCGACAACUACUUAGGAGGUCUCGCACUUAAAAUGCUAGGCUGGGGUGUAGAAAAUGGAGUCAAAUACUGGCUGAUCGCUAAUUCCUGGAACGAACGUUGGGGUGAAGCUGGAUAUUUCAGAAUAAUCAGAGGUCAAAAUGAAGCAGGAAUUGAAGUAUGGGUUGAUGCUGGACUACCCGAUUUUAGCAAGUUUUAA